AUGGCUUCUUCUGGAUUAAGUCAUGAACUGAGUUGCUCAAUCUGCCUCAGCUUAUACACAGAUCCUGUAAUGCUAAGCUGUGGCCAUAACUUCUGUGAAAUAUGUAUUACUAUUUCAUUGGAAAAACAGGGGAAACCCGGGAUGUACUCUUGUCCUGAAUGUAGAGCUGAGUUCAAAACUCGUCCUGUCCUGCAGAAGAACCUGAAGCUGGGUAAUAUAGUUGAACAUUAUUGCUCUAAUCCUAAACAAGCAGAAGGAACCAAGAUCUACUGUACAUACUGUGUGACUUCUCUGGCAACGGCUGAAAAAACCUGCCUACACUGUGAAGCCUCACUUUGCCAACUUCAUCUGAAGAGUCACAGUAAGUCGGCUAAUCACAUCUUAAUUGAACCAACUGCUUCUCUAGAGGACCAAAAAUGUCCCGACCAUAACAUGUUGAUUAAGUAUUUUUGCACCGAUGAUAAGUCUUUGUUGUGUGCCUUGUGUAGUGUCAAGGAAAAGCACCAAAAUCAUAAAGUAGAACUUCUCAGUGAAGCUGGUGAGAAAAAGAGAUUAAACUUAUGGGGUUCAAUAAAGAAGUUAAAUUCACAAACUGAGGAGAUCGAAAAUCUAUUCUGGAAGCUGGAUGAAUGCAAGAAAUACAAUCGAGAAAAGUCAUUUCUCUUAAAAGACAGAGUCUCUGCUCUUUUCCGAGGCCUCCGAGAAGAACUGAACUUAAUGGAAAAUAAAGUGGUGGAUGAAAUUGCCAAUCGGGAAGAGAUGAUUUCCAGCAACCAUUCUCAACAAAUUCAAAGACUUGACAAAGAAAUGAAUGAGCUGCACAAGAAAAAGCUUCAGAUUCAAGAAAUCUGUAAAAUUCCAGAUCAUUUAACUCUCCUCAAGCAAACUGGUAUUAAUGUAGAUAAUGAACUCUUCUCUAGACCCACAAUUUACGCAGAAACAUUGGAUGAGGAAAUUAUUAUUGUUACCUUGCUCCGAUCUUUAUGUAGUUUUUCAGAGUUUAUUACAGAAAUGAAGAAAAAGUGUGACUUUAAUGUGGAAGAUUCUACUGAUCUAAUCCUGAAUGUUAAUACAGCAGACCCUAAUCUUGCACUGUCCCAUGAUUUCAAAGAGGUAAUGUAUUCUUCCAGGCAAAAACUUCGACCCCAUCUUCCUGAGAGAUUCUAUACACAGCAAGUAUUAAGCACUAAAAAAAUUUGUACAGGAAAACAUUAUUGGGAAGUCAAAGUCUUUGAUGAUGGAAACUGGUCUCUAGGUGUCACCUAUAAUAGCAUAAAGAGAAGUGGCCAUACAUCGCGUAUGGGUACCAAUCACAAGUCCUGGUGCAUAAGCUGGUACGAUCCAUUUGAUGAGAUGUAUGCAGAACAUGAUUAUGAACGAGAAGAGAUAGAUGACUAUAACUUGACACAUGAAAUCGGAAUAUACUUGGAUUAUGAUGAGGGAGUGGUAUCUUUUUAUGAACUGACUGAUCCAAUCAGUCACUUGCACACAUUCAAUGAUUUCUUUACAGAACCUCUUUAUGCUGCCAUUUUUGUGGAGCGAUUAGCUGCAAUUAGAAUCUGUAGAUAG